AUGGCAACCCUCAACCCCUCCCAAACCCACCCCCAAAACCUCACCACCACCUCUCCGGCCAGCUCCGUCCCGCAACCCCCCAACCCCCUCAACCUAGCCGCCGCGGCCGCCAUGGCCGUCACCAGCACCAGCGCCAGCACCACCAGCACCAACCCCUCUCAACAUCCCACCGAACCGCAUCAAACCCACUACCACCACCACCACCACCACCAACAACACCACCUAGACCCCUCAACCCACACCGACAACUACCCGCACCAGAUCACCGGCUCCGGCGGCCCCACCGCUACCGCCCCGUUCCUGCGCGACUUCAGCCUCGUCGCGGAGGCAGCCAAGCGGGCGCAGAUGUCCGUCAUGGUGCGCGAUCUGGAGAGUGUGACGCUAUAG